CAGAAUUCUGCCCUUCAAACGAAGAUAUAUAUAUACAUAGAUUAUAUAUGUGUAGAUAUAAAAUUUUCUUGUUUCUCUGCAUCUGUUCCAUUGAGCAGGGCGCUGUCAGCAACUAAUUAAAUUCUCAUGGAGACUGAGCCGCUGCUCGCUCACCGACGUGGUAUCGGCGAGAAUGCUUUGGACCCAGAAAUAAACACCAAACCUCACGCAGGAGACGCGGGGUCUUUUAGCAAAUAUGGCUAUAUCGACCCAGUCAUCGAACGGCGGGUCGUGAGGAAGCUCGAUCUGAGGAUACCAACCCUGCUUGGGUUUUUGUAUCUGCUUAGCUUUUUGGAUCGAUCGAAUAUCGGCAAUGCACGCAUCGCGGGAAUGGAAGAGGACUUGCAACUGGACGGCAGCCGAUAUGAAUGGCUUCUGACCAUUUUUUAUAUCUCCUACCUCGCUUUCCAGUUCCAAGGACUGAUGUGGAAGAUUGUUCCACCACACAAGUGGGCUGCAUUUACAGUGUUUGGAUGGGGCAUGAUUGCGACCUGCCAGGCUGCAGUUUUCUCAUGGGAGGCAGAGAUGGUGCUCAGAUUUCUGCUUGGUGUCACGGAGGCAGGCUUUGGCCCAGGAGUUCCGUUCCUUCUCUCCUGUUUCUACCGACGUCACGAAUUGGGGUUGCGGUGUGGCCUGUUCGUUUCUGCUGCUCCCCUUGCAAGUACCUUCGCGGGGGCAUUGGCAUAUGGAAUUACUUCGGUCCAUACAAAGCUCGCCAGCUGGAGAUUAUUGUUCCUCGUUGAGGGAAUACCAACUUUAUUAAUGGCGCCGGUUGUCUUCCGGUUUCUUCCUGAUUCUCCGGCCAAGGCUAAAUUCCUAAAUGAGGAGGAGAAAGAGGUUGCUAGAGCUAGAGCAUUGAGACAAGCGGGUCAAGUUGAUCGCACCGGUGGGGUAAGCUGGAAAGAAAUCGGGGAGACGCUCAUGGAUGCUAAAUCGUGGCUGGUAGCACUCAUGUAUUUCAGUUGCAAUGUUAGCUAUUCGUCACUGCCCGUCUUCCUGCCCUCAAUCUUGAAAGAUAUGGGAUUCACAUCGAUCAACGCUCAGGGAUUGUCCGCGCCUCCUUAUUUUCUCUCGUUCCUUACCAGUGUUAUCACUCCAUGGAUCGCGGAUCGCUACCAACAAAGAGGCUUAAUGAUUGCAUUGCUGUCAAUUGUGGGACUUACUGGGUAUGUUCUGCUUGCUACGUGUACAUCUGUUAUCCCUCGAUAUAUCGGUGUAUGGAUGGCCGCCAGUGGUGUCUUUCCGUGCAUCGCCAAUAUCCUGCCCUGGGUUCUUAACAACCAAGGGUCCGAUACUCGCCGUGGUAUGGGAAUCAUAAUCCUGAAUCUUGUUGGCCAGUGCGGUCCACUCUUAGGAAGUAACAUAUUUCCUACCUCGGACGGCCCGUUGUAUGUUCGAGGCCAGUCCAUCUGCGCAGCCUUUAUGGGUCUCAAUUGCUUCCUCGCACUGCUAUUGCGCACGGUACUGGCGAGGCAGAACCGGCAGCUUGAUAGGAAAUACGGAACACUUGCUCAGCGCGCCCAACAGCGGGUGGAAACAGAACAGUUAGUUGUUGCAGAGGAGAAUUAUGGACCUGAUUAUAGAUUUGUACUUUGAAGAUGUGUAUAUAUAUAGUUAUAUAUCGAUGCUUGAAGUGAGAAUAGACUAAAUCUUGUCGGCGUAAGUGGAUUCCACUUAAAUAAGCUAUGCCAAGCUUUCUUAUCGCCCCACCGGCAAUUCUUUAAAUUGACCUCAUCCUUUCAGUAUCCUAUUAAAUAAACCUUUCGC